UAGUGCAUAAAAAUGCAUUCGGAGUGGAAGGAAGAUGUGCACUACGCCCUAGGAUUCACCAAGCUCUGGUGUCAAGCUCUCGGUAUCUGGCCAUGGGAUAGAAACAUAAAAUUCUCGAUUCUCCGACGUACCUUCGCAUUCGCAACACAGGUUGCAUCUAGUGUCUUACUGAUGGAAAGACUAUCAGUAUACGGCCACUGCGGUCUGAGAAUAUCCCUGAUAGAUGCCCUCGGCAUAACAAGUGCAUUCUUGAUAUCAGCGACAAAAAUUCUGAUACUAUCACUCCAAAAAGACCGACUGCGCGAUAUACUGCAGUCAUUAAUAAAUGAUUGGGUUAACAUUCGGGGAGCGAGUGAUCUCCAGAUAAUGAAGGAACGUGCGCUCUGGGGACGUUCAGCUUUUAUUGUUCAAAUAGGUGUUGCUGUUGUAGCUGUAAUUGAUUUAUCAGUGACCAGAUAUCCAUCAUUCGGUGGUCCAGUCGGGAAUGACACAACUAGAACCAUCAUAAUGGGACCGUCAUGCUGGAUUCCUGAUGACAUGUCUUUUGGAGCUUAUCUGGUGAUUUAUUAUUUGAUGUUUAUCAGCUUGUGGGUGUGCUGUGGUGUGUACACCGGGUGUGGUGCACUCAUGUUCAGCGUUGCCUUGCAUAUUUGUGGUCAGUUUGAAAUACUGAAUACGAGUCUAGAUGAUUUGACGGAUGAUGACAAUCACUACCAGCAACGCAGAAAAAUUAAGGAGUACUCCAGGCGACAUAAUGAAUUAUUACUCGUGGGUAAUCAGCUCAAUCAUAUGCUCUAUUUGAUAAUAUUCACUGAAAUCCUUGGGAGCUGUUUUUUGGUUUGCAUUUCAGGUGUUGCUAUCAUGAUGCAAGUGAAAAAUGGAAAUGUCGAUAAAGAUAUUAUUAAUUAUGCCCUGAGAAUGGGUGUUGCUUACACUGGACUGCUACUGUACAGCUAUGUUGGUGAACAAUUGUUUAUUCAAGCUGAAAAAUCGAGAUUAACGAUUUAUCAGUGUCCGUGGUACAAUUUCUCACCGGGAAUGAUCAAGGAUUUUAAGUUCAUAAUGAUGCGGAAUGAUUCCUUCUGUUAUCUGACGAGCGGUGGAAUUUCUAUUAUCAAUUAUGAACAGAUCAAGGAUUUAACUCGGAUCAUGUUUUCAUACUUCUCUGUUUUCAAGGUCAUGUUAGAGUAAAUGGUGUAGUUACCACUAGUAAGGCAUAGG